AUGUUUUCUUUCCGGAAUCUCAUUAUCGUGCUCUUCCUGGCUUUAGCCUAUGCUGAGCCACUAAAAGUCCGAGAUACACGUGGAAUAACUCAAGCUGAGCUCAAUCAAUUCGAAUUAUUGGCGCAAUAUGCGGGGGCAGCAUACUGCUAUGACAAUAUCCAGAAUGGAACUGGCAACACAGUUGCUUGCACCCGUGAAGGAGGCUAUUGCCCAGGUGUAGAGGCCCUUCAAACAGUGAUAUUGGAUAGUUUCUUCGACGUUGGAAUAACCCAGACCGCAGGAUAUGUGGCGAUUGACAGGAGCCAUCAGCUCAUCAUUGUCUCAAUUCAAGGUACAUCGAUUGCGUCUAACCCCAUUGAUGCUUUGACGGAUCUCAAUAUUGCGCGGAGUAAGACCACUCUAUGUGGUAAAGCCAAUACUGUUGAUGGCUGCUUGAUCCAUGACGGUUUCUGGCAAGCUGCAAAUGAUGUCUUACCAAUCGUUGAGACAACUAUCAAUAUUUCGCUGGCCAUGAAUCCGGAUUUCAAGAUCGUUACCACUGGUCACAGUCUCGGAGCUGCAAUUGCUGCACUCCUGGGAGCAAAGUUGAGAGAUGAUGGACACAUCGUUGACAUGUAUACAUUCGGGCAGCCAUCUGUUGGAGCCGUGGAUGUUUCAAACUACAUUGAAAAUCAGGCCCCAGCACAAGGAAACAAUUAUCGAGUCACGCACUACAACGAUGUCGUUCCUCAACUUCCAGAGCACAAUUUGGAUUGGGGAACCUGGGAUCACUACUACCCCGAAUUCUGGAUCUCAAGGCAGAAUGGCACAGUGCAAGCAAGUGAUAUGCUGGUUGUUACAGGACGGCUGUAUGAGACUGGUGGUAACGAAGGAGAUAAGACCGGCCUGGGUGUGGUGGUUGAUCUAAUUGAGGGUCUGCCAGCGCACUAUGUGUAUUUCAAUCCAAUAUCUGGCUGCGAUGCGAAUGCACCUGCCGCAGUUGCGUCGAGUGGAUGAAGGGGCAGAGAGAACUAAUCAUCCUGGUAAGCUGAGGUACAGUGAGCAUUAUCUUUGCUAGAAAUGAUAGUUGGUAGAAAAAAUGAAACGAGAUUCCAGAAAAUGAUCAGAGCUUGCAAAAGUAAA